GAUCCGGUUGACAGUCCUGCUCGAGUCUGUUUCUCUCCGGGCUGCCGGAGGAUCCCUCUGAUUGGCUGCAGACGCAAACGCGCUCUCUCAGCCCACCCACUGCUGAUUAUAGGGACUCUUGCAAACUCGGUUUCCUUCCUUGCAUUGAGUCUGGGACCUGGCCCCGGGGCUGAACGACACACACACAAAGCGCGCAGCAUGGCAGCUACCCACAGCGAGUACAGAGGCUACCUGCGGAACACCGUCGACAUCGAGGUGGGGCAGCAGCACCGCUUCCACCCGGUGCAGAGUUCGGAACCCACUUACCGGCCGCUCCUAUUCGGGACCCUCGCUGUUAUGGGAUUGCUUCAGGUGGCCUCCAGCGUGGCGAUCUUAUUACACCUGACAGGUUAUCUCCAAGAGGUAGAUUUGUCCACAACUCCACAUCGGCCCAUGGAGGAGGUGCAGACAGAGCCAAUGCUGAAUGCGCUGAAAGAUCCAAAGAAAAACAGACGAUGCAAGAAUAGAGAUGGCAUGGCUUCAGCCCAUCUACCAAUCAGAACGCAUCAGGAGUUCCCAAAGAAGAGUGAGCUGACGGCCAUCACCAUUGAAUGGGAUGAUACGCAUGCGCACCUCCAUAACAUGGGUUACCAGAAGGGGAAACUGCUGGUGAGGGAAGCCGGUUUCUACUACGUUUACGCCAAAACUUGCUUUCGCUAUUACAAUUUCAAAGGCCAAGGGCCAAUUUCAGAGGACAACCCCCCAGUGGAUGUUAAAAACACCCAGCUCUUCCAGUACAUGUGCCAUGAGAGCAUCAAACACAACAGCAAGGCUGUGGUACUAAGCAAGACGGGCAGCACUAUGCGGUGGAACGACACAAGCUUUAAUAUGUACUGUGCCCAGCAGGGACGAGGGGUCCUGCUGGAUAUCGGAGAUGCCUUGUUUGUCAAUGUGUCCAACGCCUUCAUGCUGGACCUGGCAGGAGAAGGGACGUAUUUUGGGGCCAUAAAGUUGGGUAACUGAAACUUAAAUACAUGGGGAGCAGACAUGCUACUGAACAUUUGAUAUGCCAAAGAACCACUGUUAGUGAUGUUAAUUUGUCAAAAGAGUUUGUUUUUUUUUUCUUAAUUGUACAUGUGUGUUUUGUUUUUUGUGUCACAUCAGAUAGCCUUUUUGGACUCUUAUUAUGAGGAAAAACUUAUGCAAAAGGUAAACACCUUUCAAAAAACAAACUUGUCUUUCCACUUUGCGUUUUUCCUUUCCCAAAAAGCAGAACCAGCGCUCUCUACUUCACCCAAAAUAGCACUUGAGUUUUAUUGGACUUUUUUGUGGUUUGUGUUGGGAAAUUUAAAUACAUUCAGUUCAGAUUACAACAUUUAGACUUAAGGAUUGACAUGUGUUUAUGCACUAAUUAAACAAUCCACAAGGGAGCAACUAAGGAAGUAAGUUUGUUGGCAGGAGGUGCAGCAAGAAAGGAUUUAUCAGUGCUGAUUGUUGGAGAAAAAUGUCCAAAGAGAGAGUUGGAGUUGAUAGAGCAUCUGCUUGUACUUAGCAGAUUAUCACAGGAUAAAAAUAACACGACUCUUAGGCCUUGGUAUAAGUGUUUUCUUGAAAGUCUUUGGAAGUUGGAUCAAGGCAGGCAGUGAAGCGUCCUUGCAGUUUAGCAACUUUAGCGGAUAGUGACAGUGAUAGGCAAUUUCACCCAAAAGUCACAAUUAAAAUUUAGGCUUAAUAUGAGUUUGACUUUGUGUAAAGGCGAGAAGCCAUGGGGUUGUUGCUCCAAAAAACAUUUAUUAUCCAUUUUUCCGCCCCAAGUGGUCAUUUGAAGGUUACAACAUGACAAUGUCAUAAAUGACAUGUUUGUUUCAUUUAUGACGAUCAGCAAGUGAAGCAGAUAGCAGGACUGUCUGACCAUGAAUGACAGGAAUAGACUCCUGUCUUUUCUUUCACUAGACGAACCAAGUUGAGUUUGGUUCGUCUUUAACUUAACUUUUUUUUUUGUUGUUGUUUUUUUUUUUUUUUUCAUUUGGCUCUUCAGUGAGGUAAAUGGGAAUAUGCACUAAAUAUUUAUUUAUUAGCUAGAAAAGUACAGAGAUGGGCCACUGUUAAAGUGACCUUUCGGCUGUAAAAUCAUUUAUAUUUUAUGUCUGUAUGACAUUCAUUAAGCAGCACUUAGAGGAAAUAGUAGGCACGCUUUUUGUUAUUAAAACACAGGGGCUUCCUUUUAAAUUCUAUAUUUAUGUAUCUCGAUUUUUGACAAUUCUGUGUGUACUUGCCUAGCCAAAAGCAAUAUGGUUAUAUUGUUUCUUCUACAAGAUUGUAGCACACCUGUUAGACCUUCAUCUGUUUUUAUCUGCUAGAUUUUUCUAUUCAGUGUUCUUUUUAUUUAUGUUUGUGUAUGUUUUAAUAAAAAAAGCUACUUUUUUUACAAUUGUUUCAAGUGUAUUGGAAAAGACCUGAUCCAGGCUGUUGUUUGGGGUGGCUGAACUUCACAGGAUUAGCUGCCUCAAGCUGUAAGGUGAUGAACAGGCCACCCUGACCGUGAUAUGAUUGCAAUGUGAAAUUUGAUAAUCUCCAAAAUCUUUGGAAAAUUCAACACCGCUGUUGCCAAAGAAUGAUGUCACGUUGUUCCUUUACCUCUGCACACCCGGUCACAGUGGCCCACCAGAAACCGCCCACUACUGCUAACUCACAGCAGAUAUUUGGAGACCUGGCUCAAAACAACCUGCAAAAUAAACAAGAAACAGCCUGUAUGGGAUGGGAGUGAUGGCCAGAGUAUCGUUACUUCACUGUAAUAUGUAUGAGUCGUUUUGAUCAUCGUUGUAAUGGGUCUCCCAUGAAGCCCUGCGGCACGCAAGAGAAAGAGAAACUUUUAAUGUUAGACUCAAAGCCAAACAAUUCCUCUAUUGUGUGAUCUUGGGUGUUCACCAGCAUAUGGCCAGAAAAUGACUGGGGUUCACACGUUUGUUCUGCAUGCUGGGACCUCACACGACUCUCAGCUCAUUGUUCAAACAUUACUUACUGAGGGUCUGAAAUGAAAUCUGGGGGUGGAAUAAAAAUACUUGGCUGAGGUCGGUGAGGAGCUAAUUAGUUUUUGAGUUUUGACUUGAUUGCCAUAUUUCAUUUCUUACUGCGGAAAGUAUAAUAUAGAAUUUCCCUUAAUGAAAGUUCACAAAACAAUAAUACAUCUUAAAGGCAAAAAUGGGAAUGCUUUUUUUUAGAAAGCUGUUUUAUGCAAAUAAACAAUACUUGUACAGAGUUUUGCAACAACAAAGCA